AUGGCCUCCUCCCCCUCCGACAUCGCCCUCAAGGCUGCAUUUGACGGGAAUCUCAACCUCCUCAAGAAGAUGGCGAGCAAGGUGGACCUGCGGGGAGCCAAGGACGGGAAGGGGAUUACCGCGCUUCAUUUGGCUGCUUUGAAGGGCUACCUUGAGACCUGCCGGUUCCUGGUGGAGGAAUCUGGCAUUGAUGUAAAUUCAGUGUCAAAAACAGGUGCGACACCGAUGUCCUAUGCUGCACGAGAGGGGAAUGUCCAGGUUAUGAGGUACCUUCUCGACCGCGGUGGCGACCCUGCCAUGCCCGACGAGAGGGGCUCCACGCCGCUGCACCGUGCAGCAGUGCAUGGACACUGUGAGGCGGUAAGGCUGUUGCUGUCCACAGGAGUUCCUGUGGAUCCUGUUGAUCAUCGGGGGGCGCCAUUACACUUGGCUGCUUCAAACGACCAUGUUGAGGUCGUGAAGGUUCUACUGGAGCAUGAUGCUGAUCUCAACAAAGUGGCCAAUCACAUCCUUUCACCCCUCCUUGUGGCUUGCUGUGGGAAGUCCUUGAAAUGCAUCAAACUACUGAUUGAGGCUGGUGCUGAUGUGAAUGCUUCUAAGGCUGGAGCUGACCCUAACAUUCCUAACCAGCAUGGCGCAACUCCAAUCGAGCAAGCAGCAGCUCAUCAUCAACGUGAGCUUGUGGAAGUUCUAUUUCCUAGGACAAAACCAAUUCCAUCUCUGCCAGAUUGGAGUGUUGAUGGGAUAAUUAGAACCGUGAAUUCUAUUCAAGCUGCAUUUUCGGUGGAAGAAACAAUUGCUUAUUGUAAGUCACAAGGAAAGGAGGCAUUUGCAAAGGAGGACUACCUUACAGCACUAUCCUUGUAUGACCAGGUACUUGACAUAAACCCACUUGACGCCUCCAUGUUUGCCAACCAGAGCCUCUGCUGGCUGCGUAUGAGACAUGGGCGUCCUGCUCUGGAAAGCGCGCGCAAGUGCAGAAUGAUGCAGCCCCGUUGGUCCAAAGCCUGGUACCGUGAAGGCACAGCCCUCAGCUUCAUGAAGGACUACGAGGAUGCCGCUGACGCGUUCCGGGAGGCGCUGCAGCUCGACCCUAAGAGUGAAGAGAUUAGGGAAGCGCUUAGGAAGGCCGAGAAGGCUGCGGAGGAUUCGCGGCGUGUGUAA